UUACUCUACUGGACAACGCCAUGUCACAGUCGCAGUUUAAUCAUUGGAAGCCUAACGACAAAGGAUACCUAUCGACUAUCUUUGCCACUGUAGUCUUCAAAUGCGUUCUACAAGGAGUUCUGUUGGCGGCUGCUUACCGGUAUUACUCUUUGUUACCAAGGACCCAUGAUAGUCGUAAGAUACAAGCAUUGGUUGCAAUCCUAGUGAUCCUGGAGAUGUGA